AGAACGCAAAACUUUGUUUAAAAUAAAGAUAAAUAAAUUAAUGGUGUUAAAAACGAAAUUCGAACUCCACAGUAUGUCGGUUUUGUAGCUGAUUAGUACCAUAACGGAUUUUGCCAUGUCAAUAAGUGUACGCGUCGUAACUAUGAGAAUCACGAGAUUGUUUUAUUUUUAUACGAUGUUUACCAAGGUUUUUCUAUCGAGAUUUUGCGUAAUUUAGUGGACUGGAAUAGAUACAAUGGCUGUUACUCAAUCGUGUUGAAGACAACAGAUACGUGGUUGUUGUUACAUAUCAAGUUCUAAGCGAUUUAGAAUGACAUGAAAUAAAGUGUGAUGCAUAAAUAACACGAAAACCAGCAAUUGGCAGCUUUAUUCUAUCAUCGUUUAGUUGUUUAACAUAUGAACUCAAAGCCAGCGGCGUAUUGAGCGCUAACCUCAAACAAAGGAGAGGAGCAAUAUUGAAAGUUGUGAUAUAACACCUACUACCACGGGCGCAAGUGUCGAUCAACCAAACGGAAAAAAGGAAUACCUGUAUAUUUCAUACCCAAAGUAAAUCAUUUUGAGACUGAAAAACCUUUAAUUUUGUACAAGGUAUCCUCCAUUCUGGGCAGCACACGCAAUGGAUCGCGAUAAAAAUGAUACAUCUUCCAACACAGGAAUUGCAGGCGGCUUCGCUGGCUGCAUAACACGCUUCAUUUGCCAACCAUUGGACGUGCUGAAGAUUCGCUUUCAGUUGCAAGUGGAACCGCUUAGUGAAGAUCACAUGACAUCAAAAUACCGCACUAUUGUGCAAUCAACGAGACUGGUUUAUAAAGAAGAAGGGCUCCGUGCUUUCUGGAAGGGCCAUAAUCCGGCCCAGGUGCUAUCUGUUAUCUACGGAGUGUCUCAGUUUUCUUCAUACGAACAUUGUAAUCAUCUGUUAAGAAAGAUUAAUACCUUUGAGGAGCAUCAAAAUGUAAGGAAUUUUAUUUGCGGAGCUCUCAGUGGAACGGUAGCAACUGUGAUAACCCUUCCUUUGGAUGUGGUUCGUACCCGACUGAUUUCGCAAGACAUGAACCGUGGAUAUAGAAACUCUGUACAAGGAUUAAAAAUGAUAUAUGUCCAUGAGGGCGUAAAAGGAAUGUAUCGAGGCUUAGGACCGGCCGUGUUGCAAAUUGCCCCUCUAACUGGAGGUCAGUUUAUGUUCUACAAUAUUUUCGGAAGCAUGUUUCGACAGUAUUUCAAUAUAAGUGCGAGUGAAACCCUACCGGCAAUCGAACUGCUCAUCUGUGGCGGUUUAGCGGGUAUAUGUACUAAGCUUCUCGUGUACCCGCUAGAUUUGGCCAAAAAAAGGUUGCAGAUCCAAGGAUUUGCCAAGAGCCGACAGACGUACGGACGACACUUUGUGUGUCACAAUAUGUUUAACUGUAUGUACAAUAUUGUUAAGCAGGAAGGAUUCAUCGGCCUUUACAAGGGACUGCACCCAGCACUGUUGAAGGCGUGUUUUAUGUCGGCUUUCUAUUUCGCAAUAUAUGACGAAAUGGUGUGGAUCCUGAAUCACUGAUACUAAGCUUCUAUGGCGAUAUGAUUGAACUACAAACGCUUAGCAAAAAUCCUCAAACUCCUUGGGGUCCUAGAUUGUAAGUGAUCAGCAAACCGGCUAAAACGACAGUACUAAUUAUAUAUUGUAACAGGAAAAAGUGCUUAAAAGUGAAUUAUUAGGCGGAACCGCUAAAUGUGGUCAAUUAAUAUUUGCACCUAUUUGUGUAUGUCGUGUGGCUUGUUAGUUGCCACGGUACCAUGUAUGGCUGAGGCUGAGUCUUAACUUAUUGCUAAUUAUAUUGAGCUUAGGAUAUUUUGUGAUGAUUGUAAGAGACGUGAAGGAGGCGCAAAACAGUGAUCGAAGCUCCUAAUCUACGAACCGCAUGCGUGUCGCAGUAUUGUUAAUGUACAACACAAACAUAUUAAAAAAAGAAAAUAAUUAGCGUUAUAUCAAGUUCAAAAAGCAGGUAGAUAGAUCGUAUUUAUCAAUUCAAUGAUUUACUAACGAAACACAGCUCUCAACGACUACGGUUUUAUUUAUUUGUACAUUUUAUACACCAAAAAGAUCUUAGCAUACUCGCCACGAAUUGUUCAAGUAUCGAUUUGUCGUUUUAGUUUGUAAGAAUAAGUUUGUAACGACUAAAACGAGGGCAAACGAAACACGUAUUGAUCCACCAGACUUCCAUUAAUACCAUAAGAAGAGUAAUGUAGUCAGUACGCGAAUAAACUAAUGGUCUCUAUUCAGCUCAACCUGGUAUAAUACCAAAUCUUACCAUAGAUUUAUUAUGAAGUUGGGUAUAGAAAAGAGUAGACGAUAGCACGAGCUGAACCAUGCUUUUAGAUUUAAUAAUUAACGUUUAAGCGAUAAUGUCUAUCUGAAACUUAUUGUAUCGACAAUAAAAUU